ACGCCAUGCCAUUCCUAUGCAAAUCAACGCUUGGAGAUCGUUGAAUGUCUGAGCGGUCCUCCAAUAUAAGUAACAGGUCUUGUGGAGUGUUGUAUAUGAUGGAGGCCAUUUGUGAAUGAAUUGUCUCUACUGCCUGAGAUAAACAUUAUCGGCAGUUAUCUCUGCAUCUUAGAAGACAGCAAGCAACAUGGCGUCAAAGGCCGAGGAGUGCGAAAUUUGCCUUGUAAUGUUUGAUGGUAACAAUAGAAGGCCUCGGAUCUUACCCUGCGGCCACACCUUCUGUUCGCUCUGCAUCGCGAACCUUCUCCAGAACGGCUCAGUGAACUGUCCCAAUUGCCGCGUCCAGCAUAGCGCCUCGAACGUCGACGACUUCCCGGUUGUGUUCGUCUUGGAAGAUUUCAUUAAGAAAUUUUGCCUCAAUGCAGGCGGUGGGAACAAGAGGCCGGCUGCAGGACAACCUCCGUGGAAGAGAUUGGGGAGGAAAAUUGUUGAAGUGAGGGAAGAACAAGAGGCAUCCCUUCGCAACUUCAGAUUCGGUUUUAAGGCCAAGCUGUCUCAACUAGAGGAUUAUGCCACUAGCCUUUACGUUUGGGAGUGCCAACAUGGGGAACUUGAUGCCAAACUUCGCGACGUGCUGGAGAAACAGAAGAUUAUUAAACUAAUGUUGGAAGAAGAGAAAAGAUUAGUAAAAGAACACCAGCACGAGGGACGGGAACACCAAAUACUACUGGACGGAGCAGCAACAUCACUUGAUACAGCCGGGACAAUGCAGGAGCUGAUGGCUAUCGUGGACACGGCCGAGCAAGUAAGACUUGUGGCCGAAGACUGGAUUCAGCGAUGUAACGAGGCGUUUCCCAAUGUCAGCGUUAUCCAGAAGUCUGCCAAAACGCGUGCAGCCCUUAAGGAAACCCUGAAUAUAAUAAGCGAAGGCAUGACCUGUGAAGAGACCUCCAAUGACGACGUACUGGCCACUAGUGAUGGCGCAAGAAGCAGUGUGUCGAGUGCCCAUGAGGUCAUGACAGAUCCUUCGCUGUCUAUCCCUAAGAAAGUCGAACGCAUAAUAAAUACUCUGUUAUCAAAGCUGACAGUUGGCCGCGUCCUGCAGAAAGACGGCCCAGUGAAAGACCUCUUGAACGCUGGUGAAGUAUUCGCGGUGAAGAAUCACCGCCGAUGCCCUCGCUCUGCCAAGAUCAGCCGAAUCGGCAACGAGAUCUACGUCCAUCACCUGAAAGACGCGCGUCCUCCGGCCAGCGCCCACACGAUCCCGUUCCAAGAAAUGGCAACCUCCUUUGACUUGUCCUCCACUCAGGUUUUCCUGGAGCUAGUAUGGCAAAACUCACCGCCACGCCGAGUGCAAAUACGACUCUGCCGUGACAACUGGCUGGCGAAGCAGUUCCUUAUGAUGUGCACGGGGGAGACGGGACCCUCCUUCGCCAAUACAGGAAUGUUUAGUGAUGGUUAUAGGGGCUAUCAACAAGAGUGUAUACUGGGAGGAGAUUACGAUGGUAAAAAGGGAAAGGCGAUCAUAGCACCAGAUGGAAACCCCAAGGAGAAAGUGCCGGAGCGCGCUGGGGUUGUGAGGCAGUAUGGCCCAGGAAACAGUACGCAAUUUUCCGUCGUUAUAGGAAGUGGUCGACCUAACGUUGAAGUUGAUAAGGUCUUUGGCUAUGUCGAAAAUGGCUUAGAAGUGCUCAUGUCCGCAGCAAAGGCCCAAUUUCAAGAGAAAGCCAAUGUGGUCGUUGUUGACUGUGGUGCGGUGAUACCUCUUUGAUCACCUAUGAAAUCGUGUGAUUACAAGUGCUGUGUUUGUGUUUGUGUUAUAGAAGUGGAGACCGUCAAAGAUAUCGAGAAACAGUACGUAUAAAAACAGUUAAAAAAAAUAACAUCUCUUAUAUUGACAAUUCUAUAUCUCUAUGCAAUAUUAUAGGAAUCAAAAUGUGUGACUUACCAUGGACGUGAGAAAGCAUUUUUACUGGGUAAUUGCGCAGUUUACAUUUGGAAUCUGUGUGGUGUUUAUACUGAUCACUUGCCAAGAAAAUCUUGAAGAAAAUGAGAGUUGAGUGUGAGUAACAUUUUGGUGAAGGACCAUUCUCUUGUUCCAAGAAAUGGCAACCUCCUUUGACCUGUCCUCCGCUCUGGCCUUCCUGGAGCUAGUAUGGCAAAACUCAACGCCACGUCGAGUGGCGACUUUGCCGUGGCAACUGGCUGGCGAAGCAGUUCCUGAUGAUGUGCACGGGGGAGACGGGUCUCUCAUACGCCGAACGGAAAAGCAGUGCGACUCACGGAAUACCUUUCCAGCAUUUUAGACUUUGUGUUACGAUAAUGAGUUAAGUUGCUCAAACCUUAACCCAUAACUUUCAUAGCUCGACAAACGAAUGCAACCAUCAGACUAUCUCAGACAAUGCUUACUCUCAAUAACCUCUACAGUGGAGUAAAACUGUUGAAGGCAAGCCAUCGUCUGGUUCACAUUCUUUAUAUAAUUCACCCUUAUUUUUUUCAACGGUCCAAAAUGUAGGCACAUGUACUUAUAGUCAUUAUUGGUCAUUAUUGUCGCUAAUGCUAUCAGGGAAUGAACAAAAAAACUUAUGCCUUGGAAAUUAGUUUGUUGUAUACUUUACCAUAAUGCAAAACACAAAGUCUUUCUCAUGCUCAAUCUAUCUGCAAGACGGAAAAGACAAGCUGCAGAGAAAACAAGUUGUUCUCUCGCUGAACCAUACCUUUUUGCUGUAAAUAUGAGAUGGAAUUCACCAAACCAGCAGGCCAAACAACCUGUAAUACAAGGUCCCUCAAACCUUCUUACCGACUUAAGCCUCUGCUUCAAUGCCUGCCUCAGUUUCAGUACCUGCUUCAUCAAUGGCUUCAGUUCUGGCUUCAAUUCCAGCUUCAGCACCUGUUUCAACAAUUGCUACUGUUCCUGCCAGUACUCCCGCAGAUGAUGAGCACGACGCAGCAUCAGAUUGUACAACUAUCAUUCAAGUUUACACCAGUGUUUGGACAAAAGAGCAGUUUACCUCAUUACAACCUGUAGUAAUGACUUUGAGUGAACUGCCAUUGCUUGUAAGAUAAGCAGUUAAAAGAAAUGCUGAUCAUAUUAUUGCAUUAAUAGCACAGAUGUAAUUCUAUAUGAUUAGGCUAAAAUUCAAUUAGUCAUAAUCAAUGUUACUAAAUGAGAUGCAGUGCAGCCCUAUAUGCAUAUACACUUAAUAUGCAACUAUAGCCUUUUUAAUUCAGCCAUUGGGAGAUAAGCCAGAUUGGUUAAAUGCACGAAAAACUUUAACUGGCUUUUUGCAAUGUAUGUAAAUUGCUAUUUAAAUAAAUAUUCAAAAGGCAGUCA